CCCUCGCGCUCGCUCUCUCUUCGCUUCUCGCAUCAUUCGGUCGCCGUCUGCUCGGCCCUUCACAGCCUCAGGUCGAUUGAGAGAGAGAGAGAGAGAGAGAGAUGUUCCUGUGAUAAUGGCGGAGAACUGGCGCGGAGAAUGCUCAAACCCUAACGCUAAAACCCUUGUUCCCGGCAAGCAGGACGAUUCGUCGAAGAAGAACAAGAAGAAGAAGGAGACCGGAAGCCAAUUCGAGUUCUGCACGGUCUGUAAUCUCAAUCACGACCAAGGACAGCGCCACAAGUACUUCCCUAGCCACAAGAAAUCGCUGUCGGCUUGCCUCUCCCGCUUCGAAUCCAAACUUGCCGACGUACGUUUCUUCCUCAGGAACCCUGCCGCUCUUCGUCCCGAGCACGCUUCCCGCAAUCGCUUCUGGUGCAUCUUCUGCGACGUUGAUGUCGAGGAGCUUGGCAGCUCCUUUGCCUGUUAUUAUAACAGUAGCAAUGCCAUUAAUCACCUAUCGAGUGUGGAUCACCUCAAGAGCUUGAAGCAUUUCAUGUGGAAAUAUGGUGGCGGGAUGGAUCGCUUGGAUUCUUUCAGAAUACUGGAUGCUGAUGUUACAAAGUGGCGAAAGAAGUGCGCAACAUUGAAAAAAGAAGCUGCACUAUCUGAAGAUAGAUGUCAUGGACCAUUAUCAGGACUUUCAAAUGAUAUCCACCGAGAACCUAACAUUGGAAUUGUUGAUCAUUUUGAAGAUAAUUAUACUGUUUAUCCUCUUAAAUCGAGCAUCUUAAAUGGUGUUACUCCUUUACAAUACAAUACGAAUGAGCAGCAGAUAUUGUAUCCUGAAAUUGCUGGGGGUCCGAAUGCUGGUAGUUUGCCAACUAAGCUUGUCAGUUCUAAUGCAAGUCUGCACUCUGCAGAUGAUUCGAACGGAGUUGAAGGAAACGUGCAUUCAGGAGCAGCACCUCCUUGGCUGGACUCCUCUGAACAUAGUCUAGUGGACUACAAUAUAAAGUCAUUCUCAGUUAACGUUGCUUCUCAUUCAAACAAGCUGGAGAAAUCCCGAAAGUUAAACCCAAAGCGGGUCGGCGCUGCUUGGGCAGAAAAGAGAAAGAUUGAGAUGGAGUUGGAGAAAAGAGGAGAAAUUGCUAAGAAGGAAUGUGAUUCCGGUUGGCUUCCCAACUUUGGCAGGGUCUGGCAAUCAGGAAGUAGGAAGGAAUCCAGAAGAGAAUUUGAGAUGGAGAAACAAACACUCCUGAAGAAAGAAACUGAAUCAGAAAUUUCAAAAGAGAUACAACCUUAUAUAAGCAAACGAAUACGGAAGGAUGCAGCUGAGUGAUGCUCCCCCCUUGGCUGUACAUUUUUUCACUAAACUGCGCGACGUUUUAGUUUGGCGAAUAUAGGUAUGCGCUCUCAUCUAACCUGCUGAGUUUAUUACCAGGCUUCUGCUUUUGACAAGUGCUGAGAGGGAUCAGUUGUUCCUAGGUUUGUGACCUUUGUGGAAGUAUAUAACGGAGCAAUCUCCAUUGAUAUGUAGCUUGCACUUGUCAGUUGGAUAUAUGAAGGGGAGUUGUCUCUUGCAAUCUAA